AUGAUUGAGAUAAAGCGAACGUGGAUCCCCACAACACUCGUUGAUUCCUCGAUGAUUCUCUUGAGAAACAAACACAUCUUGCUCCCAAUCUUUGCCUUUAUAGCGAUCCCUCUUGCAGCAUUACACCUCUCCCUGACUCUCACCUCCUUUCGCCUUAGAAACCAUGUCUUCCGUCUAGAAGCCCUGGCCAACGUCGUGCACACACGGUUUGAAGCUAGACAGAUCUUGCAAGAGUCCAGAGAAGACGCUGUUUCUCUCUUACUUCUCAAAUCCCGGUACUUCGUCCCGUCCUUCGUCCUCUCCUGUAUCGCCUCCAUAACCGUCAUCACAUCAACUUCCUUCUCUCACCACGGCCUAAACCCAUCUCUCAAGUCGUCAUUUGCUUCAGUCAAGUCCUCGUGGAUGAGAGUAACAGCGACUUCCAUUGUUGUCUACGGUCUGCUCUUCCUCUACUCACCGAUUCCCAUGUUUCUAUCAGCUCUCUUGGGUUAUACACCCGCAUUGCGUUACCUCAUCACGGUUUUCAGCCUCGGCAUUGAGGUUUACAUAAUGGCCAUAGCAGGGCUUGGCCUUGUCGUCUCUGUAGUAGAAGAAAGAUUCGGUUUUGAUGCGGUUAAAGAAGGAAAUGCCUUGAUGAAAGGGAGGAGGAUAGCAGGCUUAGCUUUAGGGUUUGUGUUUGUGUUUCUGUCGAAUUUUAUCGGUCAUGGGAUGGAGAAGCUGGCCAAGGAGCUAGAUGUGGACUCAAGCUCAGGGUCUUGGUGGAGGUCGGUGGUGGUGAGCGGUGGUUGGGAUGGGUGGAGGCUGGUUUCUACGUAUGGGGCUGAGGUGGUUCUGAGUUAUGUUGUAGUUACCGUCUUUUACUGUGAGUGUAGGAUUCGUCAUGGAAACAGCCAAGUAACUGUUACUGCUGAUGACCAAGGUCUUGCUAUUUAA